AGUGUUGCAAACAGUCCCCUGCGUCGUUGGUCGCGUUGUCUGCUCGAGGUUGAAAUUAAGUCAAAAAAUUUUAGGUACCUAAUUAAAAGGAUCAUUCUCAUUAACCUACCUCUAUCCAGCGAACUCUCAUUUGAUUGGCUUUUUUGUGUUCCUUGUUAUGAAAAUAAACAGUGUGCUAUGACAAUGGAUGUUGAAAUAAUAUCGCAAGAAGAGCCUGCUAACCCUCAAUUUACAGUGGCUGACUUGGAUAUUGAAAUUCUACCUGUUAUUUACGAUAUCCUUCGAAGUAUUGAAAAGGAUCCUCACGACAGUCAAAAAGCAAAAGAAUCAGCUGAUACAAGUCAAAAAAUUCUUGAACUUAAAAGCAAAUUGGAGUCAGCCAGAGCACAGAUUAACAAGCUGCCUGGAAUAGAAUACAGCAAACAAGAACAGCUACAAAAGUUGGAAACAUUGAGGCAACAGCUCAGACUGAAAAAGGAACUGAUACAAAAGUAUCGUAAUAUGUGCACAUUUGAUUCACAAAAAGUUUGAACGUAAUCGAAGGCAAUUGUGUACAGUUUCAAUAUGGUGCUUAGAUUUCUUUUUCGUUAUUUUUCCAAUAACGAACAAUUAGUGAAUAAAUUGGCUGAU